UCUCCAUGUCUUAUCCAAAAGGCAUUUCCUCACAUCCUUAUAUCUCUCUCUUCCUCUUCUCUCUCUAUCUUCCUCCUCUGCUUCCCGCGGAGCUUUCAGUCUCAAGUAUGUCAGUAUCUACACAUUGUUUCACUUCACCUUGUCACGACCGUACGAGAUUCUUCUCAGGCGAUGAUGGUAAUAAACUUCUAAGAAAGAGAAUCAAAGGCACUUUCUUGGUCAAGAUCUUACCUUCUUCCCAAAACGCUUAUCUAAGAGUAACUGCGAAAUCCUCACGACCCUUAUCUGGAUUCAGGUCAGGAAUCUCUAAGGGAGUAUUUGAUAUUGUGGCAUUGACCUCAAAGAAUGCACUCAAAGAGCUGAGUACUCCACUGAUGCUAAAGCUCGUGGGUGUUGUAGCUUGCGCGUUUCUCAUAGUUCCAUCUGCAGAUGCUGUUGAUGCGCUAAAGACUUGUGCAUGCUUACUUAAGGGGUGCAGGAUAGAACUCGCAAAGUGCAUUGCCAACCCUUCCUGUGCAGCCAAUGUCGCUUGCCUCCAGACCUGUAACAACCGUCCAGAUGAAACCGAGUGCCAGAUAAAAUGCGGAGAUCUGUUCGAGAACAGUGUAGUCGACGAGUUCAACGAAUGCGCCGUGUCAAGAAAAAAAUGCGUUCCUAGAAAAUCUGACCUCGGAGAGUUUCCAGCCCCUGACCCUUCUGUUCUCGUCAAGAACUUCAACGUCAAGGACUUUGACGGCAAGUGGUACAUUACAAGUGGCUUGAAUCCAACCUUUGACGCCUUUGACUGUCAGCUCCAUGAGUUCCACACGGAAGACGGCAAGCUUGUUGGAAACAUCUCGUGGAGAAUAAAAACCCCAGACAGUGGCUUCUUCACUAGAUCAACCGUACAGAAGUUCGUGCAAGAUCCUAACCAGCCUGCUGUUUUCUACAAUCAUGACAACGAGUACCUUCACUAUCAAGACGACUGGUAUAUACUGUCAUCAAAGAUAGAGAACAAACCUGAGGACUAUAUCUUUGUGUACUACCGUGGGCGUAACGAUGCUUGGGAUGGAUAUGGCGGUGCGGUUGUGUACACAAGAAGCGCUUCUUUACCCAACACCAUUGUACCGGAGCUUGAAAAGGCAGCUAAAAGCAUAGGCAGAGAGUUCAGCACGUUCAUAAAAACGGAUAACACUUGCGGUCCUGAGCCUCCGCUGGUGGAGAGACUUGAGAAGACGGUGGAGGAAGGGGAGAAGAUUAUAGUCAAAGAGGUUGAGGAGAUAGAAGAGGAAGUAGAGAAAGAAGUGGAGAAAGUCGGCAAGACUGAGAUGACUUUGUUCCAGAGAUUAGCUGAAGGGUUUGAAGAACUAAAGCAAGACGAGGAGAAUUUCUUGAGAGGGUUGAGUAAAGAGGAGAUGGAGUUGUUGGAUGAGCUUAAAAUGGAAGCUAAUGAGGUUGAGAAAUUAUUCGGAAAAGCUCUACCAAUCAGAAAGUUCAGGUAGAGAAACUAUAUUAUUAUUAUUAUACAUACACUGUUGUAAAAAACAUUCAAUCAUUUCAUAAAAUUGGAUUACACAUAAA